GAGACAGCCAUUCUUCAAACCAGCCGUCACAUUUACGCUGAAGCUAAGGAAGUCAUGUUGAAAGGAAACCAAUUUGGUCGAAUUACGUCUCAUGGGGUGCACUUGAAGCCCAUUGUGGUGUCCAAGCAAAUUCCCGUUAUUACAACGAAACCUGGUAUCAUUGCCUCUUUCAAUGGUUUCUCUAUGACUCAUGAUAUCAGGACAAGUGAAGAUGCUGCUCUACCAAGCCUCGACUUGAUGAUACUUGGUCGGGAUCUCGAUCUCUUCUGCCAGGGGCUUGCCAGAGCCACUAUCAUCACACCCAAGUUUUCUACACGCACAAGGCACGCCAUCACGAUACAUAAAUAUCCAUUCGAAACAAUCUCAAAGACGAGCUUCUUGGAUCUGGAAACCCAGAAAAAACUCUUACAUCCCUAUCGUCAACAUCUUCACGGCUUCAGCUCCUUCAAGAUCGGAGGAUACGUCUCGCCGCAACUCGCCCAAGCUGUGGUGGCACAAGUCAACGAGGAACUAGUACCGGAUCCUCAAGAGUUUUUCUAUGAAAUAGUCCGCCAAAAAGACCUAGGAAACCGAUAUUUUCGCGAGAACGAUGGAUCGAAGGCUUCGGAAACCUGGUGCAAGGCUCUCUUCCAAAUCCACAAGCUCUGCAGCAGCAAUGUCUGGCCGAAAGUCAAAGCGAAGGGGGGACCUGACUUUGCCAACACUCUCACGGAGCUCUGCUACCAGUUGAACAGCAACAGGGCACAGCACACCAUCCGUGCGAUGAUUAAGGCCACGGACUCAGCCUUGGUCGUACGAUACUCGGGGAGUGCGUACCAUGCCAUCAACUCUGCUCUGGGGGCGCCAAAUAUUGUGGGAACGAAAUGGAGACCCACGCCCCAGCAACAAGCUAACCUAAGUUUCAAUACAGGCUGGCUUUGGCGCAUC